AUGCCGGACCAGACCCGCGCGAAGAUCGGAGAGGAUCUACGAGACCUGAAGAGCACGAACGAUGAUUUGUAUCGAGAAUCUGUGCAAGAGCAUGAAACGGAGCUGAAUUCUUUUUUGAGCGAGAUCUCUCACACUGUAUCAAAUCUUUCCGAAGAUAACGACCUUAUUAGUAUAUCGGGGAAACAGUCACCAGGGGAUAUUAUUGAUCAUGAGGCGAUUCCAGCAAAGAUCAAAGAGUUUGAUCAGCUCUUGGCGUCUCUUACAAGCUUGUACCUGGAACAAGAAUCGCUUGACCAGUUUCUAAGGUACACAAUCAGUUCCAAUGACAAGGAGGUGUUAGGACUCAAAUCGAUCCACGAUAUGAAAUACGAAAGCUUAAAAAACCAAAUAAAGAUUCUCGAGGGGGAGCGUUUAGCCGAAACAAGAUCUGAGGUUGACGCGUUACGAUCCAGUAUCACCAAUCUCAGCAAAACAAUAUCCAACUCCGAGAGGGAUAUUCUAUCCAUCAGUAAACAGACCAGUGCUCAGAUUGAUAGCUGUUUUGAAUUAUUGAAAGAACGAGACACAUUGAAGAGAAUGAAGAUUGAGACAGAAAGUAAAGAACAGGAAAUUGAUGAAUAUUCCGUUUUGAACGAGACGAUACAAACACUCAAAGAGUUGAAAAGCUUGGAUCGUAAAAUUGUUCUCAACAGUCACAACGUGAAGGAGAUGAAAGUGCGAACGGAAAGUAACGCUACUUCCAGUGUUGAUACCACGGAACUAAAAAAUGCAACUGAAGAACUUGAGAGAUUGCUAAGACUGCAAGAACAGGCCUUGCUCCCCAAUUCCGAUCCCAUAAAGAACCUGUCUGUGGACUAUGCAGGAAAAAUAAUUUCAUUUAGCAUGACCGAUCAAUUUCUCGUACGUAUUAUUCUGGAUCAGUUCAAUUGCUUCGAAAGGAUUGAAAUAAUUGAACACGUUGGUGACGAUGAUAAAAAUUUCUCAGACAACGUCAUACGAAGACACGAUCACGAGGACCGUGUCAACACAAAAUAUUUCCGCCGCAAAAGUAUAUAUGCGAUUAUCGAGUCUCUACAAGAUAUACUAGUUUGA